UACGUGGUUCCACCUAACUAAAGUGUUAUUAUAGGGCCCUGUUGUUGUCUACGUGGUUCCACCUAACUAAAGUGUUAUUAUAGGACCCUGUUGGUGUCUACGUGGUUCCACCUAACUAAAGUGUUAUUAAGGGCCCUGUUGUUGUCUACGUGGUUCCACCUAACUAAAGUGUUAUUAUAGGACCCUGUUGGUGUCUACGUGGUUCCACCUAACUAUCUUGAGACACAUCCAAUGCAAAAAACAUAUCUCUAGAUGUUUGUAUUAUACUAAUUAUCUCAUGUCACAUGUCCUGGAGUUUAACCUUUUAUUUUAAGGCUUUUACAGAAUUCAGGAAUAAAUCACAACAUAAAGCUGGACCAUUUGACAGAAAAGAAAAAUGAACAAUUUUAUGAAGAAGCUUGAAAAAAAGGUUCAAAUCCAGGCAUGUCACAUGAUUAACCAGGACACAGGAACCUAAUUUUAGAGACUGUAUAAAAUAGUGCUAUUUCUGUCUCCAUGUCCUGUUAAUCCAGUCUGUAUGUCCUGUGAAUCCAGUCUCUCUGUCCUAUUAAUCCAGUUUCUCUGUCCUGUUAAUCCAGUCUCUCUGUCCUGUUAAUCCAGUCUGUAUGUUCUGUUAAUCCAGUCUCUCUGUUUUGUUAAUCCAGUCUCCAUGUUCCAUUAAUACAGUGUCUCUGUCCUGUUACUCCAGUCCCCAUGUUCUGUUACUCCAGUCCCCAUGUUCUGUUAAUCCAGUCUCUCUGUCCUGUUCAUCUAGUCUCCAUGUUCUGUUAAUCCAGUCUCUCUGUCCUGUUCAUCUAGUCCCCAUGUUCUGUUAAUCCAGUCUAUCUGUCCUGUUAAUCCAGUCUCCAUGUUCUGUUAAUCCAGUCUCUCUGUCCUGUUAAUCUAGUCCCCAUGUUCUGUUAAUCCAGUCUCUCUGUCCUGUUCAUCUAGUCUCCAUGUUCUGUUAAUCCAGUCUCUCUGUCCUGUUCAUCCAGUCUGUAUGUUUUGUUAAUCCAGUCUCUCUGUCCUGUUAAUCCAGUCUGUAUGUUUUGUUAAUCCAGUCUCUCUGUCCUGUUAAUCCAGUCUGUAUGUUCUGUUAAUCCAGUCUCUCUACACUGUGUAUUAUCCUUAACCCUGGUGCCUCUACGUGGUUUGAGCGCUGCAGUAUAAUGGUGAUAUUACUCAACUGUGUGACCCUGGGCAUGUACCAACCCUGUGAGAACAUAGACUGCUCUUCAGACCGCUGUAAGGUACUACAGGCCUUUGACGUGUUCAUCUAUGUCUUCUUUGCGGUGGAAAUGGUGGUGAAGAUGAUGGCCCUCGGAAUCUUUGGCCGUCGCUGUUACCUGGGCGACACGUGGAACCGUCUGGAUUUCUUCAUCGUCAUGGCAGGGUAAGAUUAUUUCUCUCUGUCUUUUUUUAUUUUUUAUCUCUCUCUCUCUCUGUCUUUUUUUUUUUUAUCUCCCUCUCAAUUCAAUUCAAUUCAAGGGGGUUUAUUGUCAUGGGAAACAUAUGUUAACAUUGCCAAGCAAGUGAGGUAGAUAAUAUACAAAAGUGAAAUAAACAAUAAAAAUUAACAGUAAACAUUACACAUACAGAUGUUUCAAAGGAAUAAAGACAUUUCAAAUGUCAUAUUAUGUAUAUGUACAGUGUUGUAACGAUGUACAAAUGGUUAAAGUACAAAAGGGGAAAUAAAUAAGCAUAAAUAUGUGUUGUAUUUACAAUGGUGUUUGUUCUUCACUGGUUGCCUUUUUCUUGUUGUAACAGGUCACAAAUCUUACUGCUCUGAUGGCACACUGGUAUUUCACCCAGUAGAUAUGGGAGUUUAUCAAAAUUAGAUUUUUUUCGAAUUCUUUGUGGAUCUGUGUAAUCUGGGGGAAAUAUGUGUCUCUAAUAUGGUCAUACAUUGGGCAGGAGGUUAGGAAGUGCAGCUCAGUUUCCACCUCAUUUUGUGGGCAGUGUGCACAUAGCCUGUCUUCUCUUGAGAGCCAGGUCUGCCUACGGCGGCCUUUCUCAAUAGCAAGGCAAUGCUCACUGAGUCUGUACAUAGUCAAAGCUUUCCUUAAGUUUGGGUCAGUCACAGUGGUCAGGUAUUCUGCCACUGUAUACUCUCUGUUUAAGGCCAAAUAGCAUUCUAGUUUGCUCUGUUUUUUCUCUCUCUCUCUAUCUUUCUGUCACUAUAUCUCUCUCUCUCCCUCUCCCCCCUCUCUCUCUCUCUCUCUCUGUCACAAUAUCUUUCUUUCGCUCACUUUCCUUCCCCCUACUCUCUCUCUCUCUCUAUCUCUCUGUCACAAUAUCUCUCUCUCCUCCCCCCUCUCUCUCUUUAUUUAUCUCUUUCUCUCUCCUCCCCCCUCUCUCACUCUUUCUUUAUGUAUCUCUCUC